UCCGCGCUCAGUGUAAACAAAAACAGCAAGUGCGUGUGACCCAAGUAUUUCACUGUUUGCAGUUCCCGAGAAGCUAGUCGACGUUUUACACUCGAAAGUAGCCAUGGCCGAUACCGCCGCACCAGCAAAGUCCCCAGCCAAGAAGAAGACCGCAAAGCCUAAGGUGCCUGCUGCACACCCCAAGUACAUCGACAUGAUCAGCGCUGCCGUUGCAUCUCUGAAAGAACGUGGUGGCUCAUCCCGACAGGCCAUUCUCAAGUACAUCAUGGCCAACUACAAAGUGGGCAACGAUGUUAACUCUAUCAACGCCCACCUGAAAAUGGCCCUGAAGAAUGGUGUUAAAAAAGGUGCUCUGAAGCAAGCCAAGGGCACAGGUGCUAGUGGCUCCUUCAAACUCGGAGACAAACCCAAGACCGAAAAGAAGCCUAAAGCCAAAAAAGUUGCCAAACCCAAGGCAGCCAAGCCCAAGAAGGCUGCCGCCAAGCCCAAGAAGCCAGCCGGAGAGAAGAAGGCCAAGACUCCAAAGAAGAAGGCCACAGCAGCCAAGAAACCAGCCGGACCCAAGAAAGCCAAGUCCCCCAAGAAAAAGGCAGCCGCCAAGUCACCAAAGAAGGCAGCAGCCAAGCCCAAGAAGGCCAAGACCCCCAAAAAGGCAGCAGCCAAGAAAACCAAGACUCCCAAGAAAGCAGCCGCCAAGAAAUAAGCAGUUUUCGCAUUCCAGGCAGACUGUCUACCUAAAAUAAAAAUACUAAAAAGCCCUUUUCAGGGCUACCCACAUUUUUAGAAAAGAUGCCUCAUUAACAGUCGUUAACGAAACGUGUGUGGAUAUCUUUCAUCGUAGUUUUAAUAAAUGGUGUUAAUAAAUUACAAAAUA